CGCCGGAGCAGUCGCCGAGCAACGCCGCACGAUGAGCCCUGCACGAGCCCUGAUGGUUCCGGCCCUGGCCGUGGCCUGCCUGCUGGCGGCGGCCGACGCCUUCCCGCAAGGGUAUGAGCCAGAGCCGGUCUACGGCUACCAGCCGGAGCAGCCGUACGGCCGCGACAAGUUUGUGGUGGCGGAAAUCCAGCCCCGACAAGGCUACGGCAAACCCUCCUACGGACGCGUGAAAAUACAGACGUACCGCGGGCCCAGCAAGGGUCACGGCUACGACGUGUUCGCGCCCUGGGGCUAUUACGUCACGCAGCCCGAGGAUGAUAAGGGCUACGGUUACCACUGAACCGCGGACGUCAUGACGUCAGAGCAGGAUAAGAUGAUGUGCCCACUAGUCUUUUCAUCAGCCGGGCUCUUCCGCGAUCCGAAGUCACCCCCGGCCUCUAGGCCGACGUGACCUUGUGCGACCUUGGACGACCCCUGCUGACAUCAGCUGGCAGCGCAGUGCCGCACUUCCCUUGCCGGUGCGCCACAUGUUCAUUGUUCUUGGCUGCAUUGCGCAUGCGUUCGCAUUGAAUAAACAUCGCGUGUUGGAAGCCCUGUUGCAAGACAUCGCGACCCUCAUGACAGAGGAGUGAAUAGCAAAGGCGAUAUGUACAGACCAGAGUCAUACUGGAACUAAAUUGUGUCCAAGGUAUGAUAUGCUGGGACUUGCUUGGUAAUAUACAACGUCAACGUGAACAAAUCGAGGUGUGGCUCCACUUCCGUGUGGGCACAGGACACCUCGGUGUGAAAUAUACAAAGCGAAUUGUG